GCAACCUUUUGUUUUUUCUCCUGUAACGCACAUGCAAGCAAGUCACCUAGAAAUAGCGUUAGCUGGCGCCGUUGCUUUGUGAUCCCUUCAGAACCGCUCGUCAGCUUUGUAAACUCCGAUUGGUGAGCAUCAAUACCUCGCCGAGACACGAAUGGUUACUGUAUCGACAGAAAAAGCGCAAGGCUGAUAAAACAGGAGUAUUCCUGAUCGGGAAAUAAUCUGGAAUGCACUGGUAAAGACAUACAGACGUUGUUCUCGUUGAGGGCGCUGUAAAUAACUAGACACUACAACACACCCUCACAAGCGCAAACUACGGCCAUCGAUGCCUCUUUUAGGGCUGGCGCUGCGGUAUUAUUUCCAGGUCACGGGCUACGCUUCCUGUGCGGUGUGUUUGUAUUAAAGAUGGCCGGUGAUGGAGGUGCUCUAAAGGAUAUCAAUGAGAUUAAAUCCCAGUUCCGGACAAGGGAGGGUUUUUACAAACUGCUCACCCUCUCGGAUUCCCAGCAGCGGGGCGGGCUACCCCGGGGACCUUCCGCCGGGUCGGCAGCAGGUCCCGGGGCCGGGCCGGGCGCGAUCCCCGGUGGGGGCGGAGGGGCUCCGGUCCCCGGGCCCGGGGCAGGCUCGUCCGCCGCCGCCGCCUCAGCCGCCUCCACCUCGGCGGCCGGCUUCCUGCCUCCGGUCCGGGUCUCCAUGGUGAAGCUGCAGCCGGAAGACCCGAGCGAGGAGUCUGAACGAGUGUGCUUCAAUAUUGGCAGGGAACUUUAUUUCUACACCUACACUAACAUCAAGAAGGCGGUGGACCUCAGCAAGCCCAUCGACAAGCGCAUCUACAAGGGCACCCAGCCCACGUGUCACGAUUUCAACCAGUACUCGGCCACGGCGGACAGCGUGUCGCUCAUCGUGGGCUUCUCUGCCGGGCAGGUGCAGUACCUGGACCCCAUCAAGAAGGAGACCAGCAAGCUCUUCAACGAGGAGAGGCUGAUCGACAAGUCCAAGGUGACGUGCCUGAAGUGGCUGCCCAAGUCGGAGAACCUCUUCCUGGCCUCGCACGCCAGCGGGCACCUCUACCUCUACAACGUGGAGCACCCCUGCGGCACCGCGGCCCCCCAGUACUCCCUGCUGCGGCAGGGCGACGGCUUUGCCGUCUACGCCUGCAAGGCGAAGGCCCCCCGCAACCCGCUGCUGCGCUGGACGGUGGGCGAGGGGGGGCUGAACGAGUUCGCCUUCUCGCCAGACGGCGGCCACCUGGCCUGCGUGGGGCAGGACGGCUGCCUGCGGGUCUUCCACUUCGACUCCAUGGAGCUGCAGGGCGUGAUGAAGAGCUACUUCGGGGGGCUGCUGUGCGUCUCCUGGAGCCCCGAUGGGAAGUACCUGGCCACGGGGGGGGAGGACGACCUGGUGACCGUGUGGUCCUUCGCCGAGGGCCGCGUGAUCGCCAGGGGCCACGGGCACAAGUCCUGGGUGAACGUGGUGGCCUUCGACCCCUUCACCACCAGCCUGGAGGAGGGGGAGCGCGGGGAGCUCAGCGGGAGCGAGGAGGACGUGCAGGAGGCCGCGCACUUCGGGAGGGUGCGCACCAGCAGCACGCUGUCCCGGCUCUCCAGGCACAGCUCCAAAGGCGGGGGCCCCUCGGUCACGUACCGCUUCGGGUCCGUAGGGCAGGACACCCAGUUUUGCCUGUGGGACCUGACGGAGGACGUGCUGUACCCCCGCCUCCCUCUCUCCCGCGCCCGCACCCUGACCAACACCUUCAACUCCGUCAUUCCACCCUCCGCCAGCGGGGGCAGCAACCUAGGGGGCGGGGGCAACAGCGAUGCCCCCGCCGGGCAUGGACAUCACCACCUGCCCCGCUCCCUCUCCCGCUCGAACUCCCUCCCCCACCCGGCUGUGACCAACGCCUCGAAAAGUCCGGCCUCCUCGGACGUGGGGGGCGGCGGCGGCGGGGGGGCAGGGGGGGCAGGGGGGGCCCCCUUCAGCAUCGGCCGCUUCGCCACGCUCUCCCUGCAGGAGAGGAAGUCGGACAAAUCCGGCGGCGGGUCAGGGGGCUCCUCCUCCUCCUCCUCCUCCGGCGGCGGCGAGAAAGAGCACAAGCGCUACCACAGCCUGGGCAACAUCAGCAAGAGCAACGACAAGAUCAACGUGGUGCCGCGGAGCCAGCGCCUGGACGCCGCCAAGGUGCUGGGCACCACGCUGUGCCCGCGCAUGAACGAGGUGCCCCUGCUCGAGCCGCUGGUGUGCAAGAAGAUCGCCCACGAGCGCCUGACCGUGCUCAUGUUCAUGGACGACUGCAUCAUCACCGCCUGCCAGGAGGGGCUGAUAUGCACCUGGGCGCGGCCCGGGAAAGCUAGCUUGACGGCACAGAACGGCAGCUCGCCCAGUGGGACGGUGGUAUAGCUCUGGUGGACACCUUCGUCUCUCGGUUUGCCAUAGAGCCUGUGACGGACUCUCGCCCAUUAACUGAAGGACUACAGACUUGCCAGUUCGCCAGAGUGUUGCUUCUCCCUCUCUCCCCCCUCCCUCUCUCCCAGGGGAAGGGACGAGUGUGACACCGUUCUUCUGUGGACACCAGGGCUGGGCAAGGGGGGGGACUCCCUUUUGUGAAACACUUCGAAGCCACGACUGUUGUAUCUUAUUUAUUUUAACAUACAGACUCUAGUAAUUUAUAUUGUACAUAUGCAAAGGAUUAGAUGUAUUAAAUAUCUAAAGGGGGGAAAAAAAAGAUUUAAUAUAUUAAAAAUAUAUAUUGUACAUAGUUACACAGUUAAAGCUGAGCGUCCGAGACUAGAAAGCUGCAGCUGUAGUGAUAGUGUGUUAGAACUCCCGAAGUGACGUCAUGUCAAUUAAAACAGAUGUAUAUGAUGAGGCUCGUCAGAUGCACGUGUUCUGAGUUUUUAGUGGAAGGGGAAGUUGUUUUUCUAACUCAGGGUGGUGAGGGGGGUUUAUCUGUUUUAAAAUGCUUACCUGUUGACACAGAACUGGCGUAUUUGUCAAGCAGCAUGCUGCACCCCUGUUUCCCAGCUGCUCAUCUUCCAGCCUGAAUACCUUAGACAGUGUACACAUUCUCAGCCCUGCCAUAUUGGAACAAACCACAACACCAAGCACAUAAUGGAGCAGGCACACACAUCUGCGGGUGAUUCAGACAACAGCGUGCAGAGACCUGCUCAGAUUGAACACCAACGUGUACAACAGUGGGAGAACAACUGGGAACUGGAAAUCAUCCAGUGUGGUUUAACGGAAGCUUAUCAAUUUCAUAUGGCCGGGCUCAGUACAAAACCUCCCCUCUUGCAUCUUUUGCCACUGGUACAUUCAGUUUUAGGUCUAUGUCCUGUAACUGCUGCAUCAGAACAAGUUGCCUUGUAAGAACUGAGCUCUGUUGCUUUAAACCAAACAAAGUAGAAAAACUGAAAAAUGCAACUGGCAGGGUUUGUUCAGUCUCCUUUAAAGAGCUCAAUACCAGUGAGUACCAAGCCUGGUCCAGGAGGAACACUGUCCUUGCCAGUUUCAUUCCAGCUGAGCUUCAAAUCACCAGUGCUAACCGAUGACCUCAUUGAUCAGCUGGGCUGUUUAUACUAUUCUACUUGUGUCUUCAGUCCAUCCUGAGUGUCAAAAAUGCCUUAUUUCAAGGACCGCGUGUCCAAAAACAGCAGUGUGCAGAACGUGGCGGACUCUAUCCUCAACUUCCCUGUCGUUGUAAACAGGUCUUACUAAUUGUCCCUCCUACAAAGAGCGUUUUCCCUUCUGCAGUCAGCCGGUCGGCCACAUUCUAGGCAAGACACCCAACCGAAUGAAAGCGCUUCUGAAUUACAGGCUUGAUUUCCUGCUGCAGAUCCCACUCAACCAUUCAAGAGCUGAAGGCAAAUUUCUAAAUGUGCCCCAGAAUGAAAACAGAUUAGAAGAACAAUUAGUAGGGUCACAAAGAACGUGGCUGGAUGGAAAAGCCAGCAGACAUUGUCUUCCUCGUGAACCAACGCUGGGAACCACUGCUCUAGAUCUCCGGCGAGCAGGUCAUGGAGUGUUGUUUGUGGGGCGGUGUCGGUAGAUACCUUUUAAACAUGAAAUGGUUUUGUGAGCGAAAACUUUGAAAACCAGAAAGCCCUUCAGGAUCUCCAGGUACGGGGGUUGCAGACUUCCUACUCUAGACCAAAGAUGCCAGUGCGUUAUGAAUAUUUCUGAAACACUAAAACGGAUGUGUGCUGCCUGUUGUGUUUCUGUCAGGUGGCAGGAUGAACUUCCGCUAUUAAAAACCGUUCAUCGGCUAUGGCAUGAAGAGAUAUGUCUUUUUGGAGAGUGCAUGCAACAGGGGCCAAGAUGAAAUAUCCCAAGUCGCAGAAAAAGAAAUAAAAGUGUGUGCGUGUACGUGCAGCUCUCCAUUAUUAUUUUUAAACAUAGCAACUUGAAACAUUCUUCUCCCAAAGAAUUCACUUGCCUUUGAUGAAUUAAACUUGAAAGUUGGGGAAAAAACAGCUUUGAUAAUGCAAGAGCUGGUAUAGCUGGCACAAGGGUAUUUGCUAAGCAAAUAGUAAUGAGUGGGGUCGAUACAUUUGUAACAUUAGUUUAUGAAGAGCUGAAACAAGUUGGGUUUGUAGGAAAGGGGUGACGUGAAGUGAGCUGCUGGACUGGGCAGCCGGUCUGCCUCACAUUCAGGAGCUGUUCUGGUGAGGAAAGCUGAGGUUGUGAAAGGGCAGCGGAGUCUUAUCUGUCACUUCUCUUUCCUCGUGCUGUCCUGCACAGUCGCAUUCGUCUCUGAUCCAGAACAGCAGCAUUCUCAGAAUCACUCCGGCAGACUGCUUCCUUCCAGGCAAAGGGUUUAUCUCUUUUUAAGUCUCUCGGUCAUAUGAGGCACAGCCCCACAGUGUUAAGGUGUCAAGCCACAACCAGCACUUCAAACUCCGACCAACAGACUGACUGCAUUUGUAAACGGACAGGAUCCAGAAUAUUUUAACACUUGGCCGUAAUGGAACAGCAGCUCACUUCAAGCCAGGUGAGAACAGGAGAGAGGACUGCUAUCAGACAUUGCCAGCACCUCCAAUAACAUGCCACUGACGUUCUUCAUAGAAACAUGAGAAUAUCUGCAGUAAAUAUUGGAAUACAUUUAUUCACAAUCAAGCCCCAAGGAGACAACUAAACUUUGCACCACAAAAUGGAAAUAAACGAAAAGGAUGCAGUUAAAAAUUGUCAAGCUAAAACAGCAGAGAAAACACUCAGGAAGAAAUAUCCACAGACACCAUCCAAGGCAACACCUGUCCAACCUGACGGACUGUGUGGACUGUCUACAGAACGAGAAGUAGAGGAGUUUUCUUGCCAUGUGGACACGUACACUGGAAUUCUUCUGCGCGGUGAUCUCUCGGGACACGCACAGAGCAACAGGCAGCACCACACGAUGUGGACAGUACAAACAUAAUAAAUGAUAACAACAGGAAAAAAUCAAUAUGUUGUGGGACAAUAAAUAUGCGGUUGUGAGA